ACUUUCCUCUUCGCGUGCGCCGGUUCCCGAGGACGGGUGUUUCGGUUGCACGAGUCCCUGCCAUGGCAGCAGCGGAGGGGAAGGACCCGCUAGGUUUCUUUGCGGCGUACGGCAGCGACAACAGCUCGAGUGCCGGCUCGGAUGCUGAGGACGAGGAAGGCUCGGGUCGAGAGGCCAAGGCGUCUUCACAGCAGCCCCAGAACGGCAUCCCCGAGGCGAAAUCGCGCUUGCCUGGGCCCGAGGAGCUCUUCCGCAGCGUCAAUCGACCAGCUUUCCUCUAUAACCCGCUGCAUAAGGAGAUCGAUUGGGAGAGUCGGGUCGUGCGAGCUCCCGAAGAGCCUCCUAAGGAAUUCAAGGCAUGGACCACAAAUGCUGUGCCUCCCCCUGAGACUUACAUUGUCAAGGAAAAAAAGCCUCCGCCUCCUCCUGAGCGUGAUAUGGCAAUCAAAUGGUCAAAUAUCUACGAAGAUAAUGGUGAUGAUGCUCCAAGGCAUGUAAACAAUGUACAUUUCAGUGUACAUACAGAAGAAGAGCAAGAACACGUUGAAUCAGAUGGUGAAAAAGAUGAACCCAGCUCAUUUAAGAAACGCAAACUAAACCCUGAUGAGCAGACAAAGAAGAAAAAGCAAUGAUGAAUUGGACAAAGACUGAUAAAUUUAUCAAUGUCAGAGUUCUGAUUUGAUUGAUGUUUGUUGUAAAUGUCAAGCCUAUUAAUGGAAAUGUUUCUAGUGGAAACCUUUUAAUUACAACACAACUUUUUAAACAUGUUGUGGUAAAUAUUUGUGUUCAUAUAGACUUUGGAAGUUCAUGUUCUUUUCACACUUAAGAAAGAAUCUUGUGACACUGUAAACUUUAACACACGUGGUAUAAAUUUAUUGGCCUUUACAAUGCCACAGGAGUUUAAUUUUUGGAAUAAGUUUUAAUUUUGCAAUAAGCAAAUAUUACAAAAAAUGCUAC